CAAGAUGGAUAUAUGUACUUUUUUCAAACAUAAGCUUUCAAAAGCAACAACAACCACAGAGCGAGAACCAAGGAUUGAAGAUGUGGACCAUGAAACGACGGAAAGCACCGCCAAAAUGCAGGCAUAUGAUGGCAUGGAGCUGCUCGAUUGGCUGUUUGAUCAAAACGAGGGAAUCCUCCGGCACGAGGAAGCGGGACAACAUCACCACUGGCCCAUACAGGACCCAAAUAUGCUCCAGCUGGCCGAACAGGCGGAUGCAGACUUCCUCAACGCCCUCCUGAGUGGAGGUGAAUCUGUCUCAGACUCACCUCUCUGGCCUUCCUCACCGAGCGACAGCGGGAUAAGUGAGGACCCACCCUCAGACCAGAUGGAUAGCCCUCAGCGGCCUGCGAGCCCCCCUGACGAACUUCAUUGUUUGGGUCUGAAGUCACAAGCCAAAGCAGCCUUGGAGGCCCAAGUGUCCAUCAAACCAAACGUCUGGGAUGCCGAGUUCCCCGUGGACCAGAUGAGAUAUCCACAAUAUUCUUCAGAUGUAGAUAGAGCCCCACUGUGUUCUGGCACAGCUCUGACAGUUAAGGAUCUGCUGCUGAGUGGCACUGCUGAGCCGGCUCCGCAACCAUUCCAGCAGUCCAUUCAGGAACUGAUUCUCAAUGAAGACGAGAAGAAGCUCCUUGCGAAGGAGGGUGUCACUCUGCCCAGCCAACUGCCUCUUACCAGGAAUGAAGAAAGGAUCCUGAAGAAAAUACGCAGAAAAAUUCGCAAUAAGCAGUCAGCCCAGGAAAGCCGUAAAAAGAAGAAAGAAUACAUUGAUGGACUGGAGAGCAGGAUGGCUGCAUGCAGCGCACAUAACCAAGAGCUGCAAAGGAAAGUGUCUCAGCUGGAGAAAUGUAACAUUUCACUAAUGGAACAGCUGCGCCGGCUUCAAGCUCUGGUCAUGAAUACAUCCAACAAGCCGGCCCAGACUGGGACAUGCGUGCUGGUGCUCUUGCUGUCCUUCUCCCUAAUCCUCUUCCCGAGCCUCAAGCCCUACGCUGACACGAAAGUCAGCCAAGGAGACUUCAGCCCAGUCAGAAUCCAGUCACGGUCCCUGCAGGAGGUACAGGCCUCCCGCGUGCUGCACAUCAUCGAUUCCCCAUUGCCUGCCCAAGACGAAUCAGAGAACGUGCAUCGGCAUUUCCCAGGGGAUUCAGGCCUGGAAAUAACCAGCCUGAUGGGGAACAUGAAGCUGAAUCGAGAAAUGGACGUCCUUUCUCCAAACUGCAGCCAGGAGGAAAGACAUGGCCAUUUCCACGUGGACCCGCUCACUGGCCAUGUUAACGCAGUAACCUUGGAUCCCAAACGAUCAUCCAGGCUGCCGCCAAAUGCAGACGACAUGUAAAAGAAGCCGAUUCCUUUGACUUUUCGUUUUAUUUCCUGAGAGCUGUUAUUAUUGGUUGAAUCGAGUCAUAGAUAUUCUUUAUCUGCAGUCUUAUUUACCCUUUCCUCUUAUGUGAGGCUCUUUUUGUAAGAGUAUGUGUAUUUCUGAGUUUUGUCUGAAUUGCCAAUUUCAUUAUUUGUGUUGUGAUACAAGUUUAUUAACUACAGAGGAUACAUGGUGAAAAUCUGUGCUAUAAGAACGAAAAAAACAAUAAACAUUAUUUUACUCCUAUCAUAUCUUUUUAAAUGAUCAACAUGUUUUAAAGUAUUUCUUAGCACCUGUUCUCAUUCUUGUCUGUUUUCUGUGAAACUGAUACACAAAGAUUUAAACAUUUUAAACCCAAAAUUAUUCAAUUUCUGUAAUUUCUUGGAAACAUACCCCAAAUGAUUGAUCUAUGCUGUGAAUUUAUCUGCAACAUACAUGCAUAACAGAUGGAAACAAACUCCUUUUUCUAUUUAAGUUAAUUAAAUAUGAGACAUUAUAGUAUUUUCUUUGUACUUAUGAAUUAAAAAGUCUCCAAUAAAAGAUGUAACCAAGACACCGGGAGUCCAAGGUAGCUUCUUUCCCCCUCCCGAGGUGUUUCUGCCUGAAAUACUCUAAUCCGAUGUAUAGACAAGACAUCUCUCAAAGGGCAAAUAUGUCACUAGGGACAAUAGAAAGGGAGAAACUAGGUCAAAAGUUGAAUAGACGAGCCGUUAUCACCAGACUUCCAGCCUAUUUAUUGACAUGUUGACAUAUUUACUCACUGGAGAAGUCGGGGUCUGUAGCAUGACAAAAAAGUGACUGGAUAAAAGGGUUGCGGAUCCUCAUUGAACUGGAAAUUUCACGAUCUAAAAUAGCAAGGGAUGCUAUGAAUAGACAAAAUGCCAUCAGACAAUGAGAAGAACGUCAACGCUGAGCUUGAGUAAAAUGAUUACUGUGGAAAGAAAAUAUGAACUGAACUAUCCACAACUUUCUAUAU